GCACGUUUCCUUCUUUUAUUUUUGGGGGUCCUUCUUGGGUGCCUGGAGUUGGGAGAGAUGGAAACGGGAAGAGUAGUGGUUGAGAAAGUUGGAGGAAAGUCAACAGUUACAAGCUGCUAUUCAAAGUAUCCCUUGAAAUUCAUAGUACCCAACAAGGUGGGCAACUCCAAAUGUGACGCUGUUUGGAUUUAUAGCCUCACAUACGGUGGUGGCAUUGUCUCUGGAGAUUCUAUUUCAUUCAAGUUUAAUGUCGGAUAUGGCUGCUACGCUGUCUUGACUACUCAAGCUUCAACAAAGGUCUACAAGUCAAUGGGAUCAAAGUGCUCAGAGCAGGUCUUAGAGGCAAGAGUGAGCGGUGAUGCACUUUUGGCCAUAAUUCCAGAUCCUGUUACAUGUUUUUCCACAGCAAGAUACACUCAAAAACAAGUCUUUAGGAUGGUUGGUGACUCAAGUCUACUCAUGGUUGAUUGGGUUACCAGUGGGCGCCAUGAAAGUGGUGAAAAAUGGGAUUUUGAUAUGUACAAAAGCACAAAUAACAUAUUCAUUGAAGAUGAUGAGCCUCUGUUUCUUGAUACGGUGCUUUUAGAGAAAGGAAGCAUUUCUUCUAUAGCAGAGCGUAUGCAGGGCUACCAAGUUAUUGCAAUGGUUGUCUUUUGGGGGCCUAAGAUGAAACAUAUUCAAAACAAAGUUCAAGAAGAUGUGAGAAAAAUAAUGACAGAGCAGUUACAGUUUUCGUCUCCUGCCUCGGUUCACAAAAGGAAAAGAAAUCCUGAUUAUUGCAUUAACCAGCCAAACUUUAUUGCUUCGUCGAGUGUUUUUGGUUCUGAGGGUAAAGGGGUUGUUGUUCGAAUAGUGGCCGCGACAACUGAGUCAGUAUACCAAUUUUUACGGCAUCAGUUAGCUAGCUUGGAACCACUACUUGGAGUAUUACCAUAUAACUGAAUAUUCUUUCAAUAUUUAAUUAGGACGGAUAUUUACUUUUUACUCAUCCAUCUUUGAACUGUUCCAUAACGUUUACAAUCUGAAUUUGGAAAAAUAUUUUCAGAGUACUUUUCAUUUUUGUUGCUGUAUGCGUACCAUCUGUAGAAUAUAUUAAUAAAAUCUUCCAAGUAAAUAAUAAAUCAAUAUAAAUAGUGACCAUUUUACUGUCA